AUGGCAAGCCAGCAGAAUAUAAGAUACGAUGCCAUUGAAAGUACCAAUCACGCACAGGCUAGGAAGGAUGAGACGAGUAUGAUGAGCCAGGAGAAGGUAGCUGAAACUGUCCUAGCUGCCAAGGAUAAGGUAGCUGAAACUGCCGAAUCUAUUAGAAAUUCCGCCAAAGAAACAAUGGACCAAACGACAACCUUUCUUCAACAGACUGGGGAGCAAGUAAAGAACAUGGCUCAAGACGCAGCUGAAAAAGUGAAGAACACUCUGGGGAUGAACACCGACGGUAAUUCCAAUAACCCUGGCAACCUCAACAACGAAGAUAACCCUGGCAUUACCCUGGCUAAGGAUAGGAUGUGA